AUGGGACAUUUGAUCGGUAAGUUCUUCAUAUAUGAGAGUGUUCCGCCCAGUAAAGCAAACUCUCACAACUUCAAGAACAUGAUUGUUGGUGCACAACAAGCAGGUAUGGGUAUAGAACCACCAUCUCCUUAUGAAAUCAAACACAAGUAUUUGGAUAUGGAGUACAAAGACAUGGAAGCUUAUGUCAAUAUUCAAAGAGAAAAGUGGAAGACUUAUGGAUGCACGAUUAUGUGUGACGAAUGGAUUGGGCCCACGAAAUUAAGCAUAAUUAAUUUCAUGGUAUAUUCAAAAGGUAGCACAAUCUUCCUCAAAUUUGUUGAUGCAUCAAAUAAUAUAAAGGACAACAAAUACAUAUAUGGUUUGUUGAAGGAUGUGAUCAAUGAAGUUGGGAAACAAAAUGUGGUACAAAUAGUUAUAGAUAAUGGGUCGGCAUUGGUGAAGGCGGGGAAGUUCUUAAUGAAGAAAUACAAUCUUUAUUGGACUCCGUGUGCAGCACAUUGCAUCGACUUAAUGUUCGAAGACAUUGAUAAAAGGACGAGUGUUGCAGAUGUGAUUACAAAGGCUCGAAAGAUAACCAACUUCAUUUAUAACCAUAGUUGGUUACUUGCGCAGAUGCGGAAGGUGUGUGGUGGAGAAAUAGUUCAUCCUGGAGCAACAAGAUUUGCAACCAAUUAUAUGGCCCUCAACAGUCUUUUGAAAAAGAAAGCAAACUUGAAGAAAGUGUUUAUCAGUGAUGAAUGGGCACAACUCAACUUAAGUAGCACAUUAAUCGGUAAAGAAGUUGAAUCACUUAUGUUUGACCAUGCGUACUGGGAGAGACUGGGAGAGCUAGUGUCAAUAUAUGAGGCGCUAUACACGGUUCUUCGCAUUGUCGAUUCAGAAGUUGUUCCUACAAUGCCAUUUGUGUACAAAUUGAUUCGAGUUAUGAAAGAGAACCUCAUUUGA